AUGUCAACCAACCCCAAAACACCAAACCAACCGUCCCCACAUCCAGAGUCGUUGGGGGACAUAAAUUUGAAAACCAAGCUAGACGGGGACAAUUACCCCCUAUGGGUGAAUCUGAUGGAACGAGCCAUCGGAGGGAAGGGUCUGACGUCUCACAUCACUGGAGUUUCAGACCCUCCGCCGAUUACCGAUCCAACCUAUCCGACGUGGCAGCAACGAAAUCAUUGCUGUUUCAACUGGAUCAUAAACAACAUCGAGGCUACCCUCGUGAAUGAAGUCUCACAGUACAAGGCGACCAAAGAUCUGUGGGAAGGUCUGGCCACUACGUACGGAAGCGGAGCAGAUCCGUUUCAAGUUUCGAACCUGCACAGACAAACAUAUGGAAUGAAACAGAGAGGAAUGACAUUAGAGGCAUUAUGGCAGAAAUUUCAAGAUCUAUGGUUAUCCAUAGACAGUCGCGACCCCAAUCCUAUGGACACCCCCUCAAGCAUAGAGAAGUAUAAUCAAAUCACCCAAAGGCAUAUAGUCUACCAAUUUUUAUGGGCUCUCGACGAUCGGUAUGACACCAUCAAGAGAGAAAUCCUUAACAAGGAACCUCUCUCAUCUGUGAGAACAACCUAUGGAAUGGUUAGGUGA